ACAGAAGAGCGUUAGCUUGCCCUGCUGCUAGAAGCUAACUUUGCCAGCUACCUUGGUUAGCUUAGAAGCUGCGUGGCGUUUCUAAAUCCACAAAGGUCAACGUGUUAACGCGAAGGUCGUGUGACGUCACUUUUAUCUCCGGACAUUGUUAAUGACUACGUCACUAGCGUUAAGCGUGUCUGUUGAGACCGCUUCUGGGUGACGCGACACGAGCUAAUAGCGCUAACAGGUGUGACCAGUGAGCUAAAGGACUGAGGUCCUCUCGCGCACAUCAGGUGGUGAUGAUUUGGGGAAACGGGUGGCACGUUGCUGCUUAAAUAGCUUAAUUUCUAUACGCAGUCUGGUGUGUGUGAUGCCCACACUAAAGAGUUAAUCGAAUAUUGCUUAAAUCGUGUCCUUUAUCAGUAGAGUCUGGUGCGUGUGAUGCUCAUAGAGUAGUUCCUUAUGCAACGUUGCUUAAAUCAUGUGGUUUUCCAAAGGAGUCUGGUAGAAGUAGUUCCUCCUCUCCUCCUGGAACACUGGUGGAGAAUGUAACCUGUUUGUGUUUGAAGGGGGUGAAGGAUGGAGCUGAUGGAGCUGGUGCAGGAGGAGGCUUUGGUGGCGGAGCUGAAGAGGAAGCUGGAGGAUGAAGACCUGAAGCCGGAGCAGAAAGUCCUCCUUCUGAACGACGCGUUGAACAAGACUCUGACCACGGCGGCCCUGCGGUCACACGGCGCCCCGUUGGCUGCUGGGAAGUCCCUCUUGUAUCGGAGCGGCGUUCUGAGUCACUGCGUCCGCCUCCUGACUCCAGAUCCCAGAAGACCGCGGGGAAACUGGGGCGCCGCCGCCACGCUGGCCGCGCUCACCAGUUCCUGCUGUGUCGGUGUGGACCCUGGUCCACGGUCUCAGGCCUUUCAUAGGCUGUUCCUGCCCUCACUCAUGGACGGACUCCUCUCAUUGGCCAGCCAGCUGAUGAGGCGGGCAGAGUGCCCGUCUCUCUUCAGGCAGGUGAUGGACUCAGUGGGCUGGAUGCUCAGGUCUCACACCUGUCUCACCACCCAGGUUCUCAGCUCUGUCCACUACGAGCACAUCCAGAUGUGUGAUGAUGUCACUGUGUCCCUGCUGUGUGUCGAGAUGUGGGUUCAGACCUGCACAGCCAGCAGGGACUUUCUGUCUGAGUUGAGCGAUGACUCCGUCUUGUUGCUUCUCAACGAAGCCGUUGGCCAACUGGCCGUCAGCGCUGACUCUUCAGUGGGCGUGGCCGCCGUCAGAUUGAUCCUGCUCAUGGCCAAUCAGCAGGAGGAGCAGGUCCAGCCCCUCCUCCUCAGCUUCAAAGGUCUGGACAGCCUGUUGGACAAGGACUGGAAGGGGCGGGGCUUUGACCAGGAAGUGGAUCAGCUGAUUGCACUCAUCCAAGCUGACACAAGGAGGCGUCCACAGGUGUGCACGGAGCGUGAGCGGGCGGCAUGUUUGAUCCAAGCGGCCUGGAGGUCCUUUCAGACGAGACGCAGGGUGAAGAACCUGAACAGAGCGGUCAGCAGGCUGCAGAGGACAUACAGGGCUCGGAGGAGGAGGCAGCAGCAGCAGAAGGAGGCGCAGCAAUGGGAGGAGGAGCUUCGGUAUCAGGUGUGUGUGAGGCGUCAGCAGGCGAGGAGGAAGUUCCACCAGAAACAGAGACAACUGCUGCAGCUUCUUCCUGCUGACCAGGUGCAGCCCUACCUGAAGGAGUGUGAGUGUCGGGCGGCCGUGUUGAUCCAGAGCUUCUGGCGAGGCUUCAGAGAGCGACAACGCUACAACAACACAACGAGACACGCACGCACACAGCAGCAGGCUGCAAGGACGCUGCAGAGAGCGGUGCGUCUCUUCCUGCGGAGGCGACGAGCAGCGUUUGUCCCGCCCACCACGUCUCUCCUGAUUGGUCAGAGAGGCUUGACGGACAGUCGGAGGUUGGAACUGAAGAGACAGGUGGAGGAGCACAUCUCUCUGCAUCCAUCGUCGCAGGUUUCCCACGAGGAGGCGCAGCGUCUCCACGAGGAGGCGCAGCUGCUGCUGUCGGCACUGCAGGGGGGAGAGCAGCAGCGGAGGAGGGAGGAGCAACGGGUGGAGGCGCUGCUGGCCCACACACACACACAGCUGGAGCUGCUCCGAGAGGCCCCGCCCCUCUCUGUGGUUACGACAACAGCCGCCGACUCCUUCCUGAGCCGCUCCAGUCUUGUGGUCAUGCGCGCCCGUGACUCCCACAAUGCAGCGCUGCAGGCACACAGGCUGCCCUGGUGGAGGACCCUGGGGGACUCGGCUGGCCACGUGGGCGUGUUCGGGCAAGUCUUCCUGCCGGAGCUGGAGGCGGAGCUUGGAGGACUGUUUGUAGGGGGGGAGUGAAGAUGACGGACUGAACGUUUUACCUGGAGACAUUAUUACCUGUCUCACUUUGAACUGUUCAUUGCGUUGACCAGCCUCAAACACUAGAGGGCGGCAGAGACUGAGGGAGGGGCGCUUGUUUUCCUCCUCUGGGCAGCCCCUCCAUCAUCAACACACUGUGACAUGUGUCCCAUGUCCCUCCACAUCAGACGGCUUGAUUGGGAGGCGUGUGCUGUCAUUGAUUAUCGAUCGGUCGGCCGGGGUCACUUACAUAACGGCCUGUGUGCCGACUGUUGGGGAGCGACGCUGGAGUCAAACCAGUAGGACGUCCGUGUACCUCUGGGAAUACUUCACUCUGACCCCCAAGCUGGUACACAUUGUACUUGGACCUGCUCUGGAGGGUCUGGGUCACAUGACCUCUGUCAGCAGAUUUAGGAAGCAGUGAAUCAGAAAGCCCUUUGAGACCGCGGAACUACCCAGCAUGCACUGCUUUGUCAGCGAAGGACAGAACUAUUAACAAGACAACUUUACUGGACGCUGCUUCUUUGGUUUGUGUUUUUUUUUAACGCAUAACUAUUUAAUAUUGCUGAUAUUUAUUAUCUAAUAAUUUAUUAUUAGUUAUUAGAUAAUAAAUAAUGUGUUAUCUAAUAUUGCUUUGAUUUGGUCACUGUAGUAAUUGCAUGUUGUAUUUCAGUGAAGGUAGCAAUAUCAACCUGUGAUGAAAUGAAUUCAAUCAGUACUUCUAAAGUAUCAUAAGUUAAAGUACUUGUUUGGCAUUGUGUUGUAUUUAUAUGCUGUAAAGUAACUAAAGCUGUUGGAUACAUUUAGUCGCAGUAAAAGUACAAUAACUACC